AUGGAGUUCAUGGCUAUCGAGGUGCUGCUCAACAUCGAUCAUACAUAUCGACAUGAUCUCGAGUCAUUUUUCCAUGUAUUUAUCUGGCAGUGCGCCCGUCGCAGCUGUGGCGUGUGGCCAAAUCGCCCGCGAAAGCAGUGGGUUGAUUUGCUAAGGGAUGUUUCGAAUCUUGGGAUUUCCGAUCCUCUGAGCCUUUUCGAGGUUCCGGCAGAUUCGUAUGCACGUUAG